AUGAAAGUGCAUAUGAAGAUAGUACUGAUAGUAAGUAUACUACUGGCAGUGAUAAGAACAGGCAGCACACUGCCGCUAGAAGAGAGUGCAAUAGCAGGACCAAGCGACAAAAAGAUGGACAGUGUAGAGAAUACAUCUCUUUCACUGGCACAUGGUACUCAGCGGAGAAUGAAUGCAUCUGAAAAGGAUAAAGAAAUGCAUGAGCUAAAAAUAAAACUCAUCGAAAAGGUACAGCAGAUACAAGAAAAACUCGAUCUAAAGUCUAUAUAUGUUAAUUUGCUUAAACAGUUUAUGGAAGAUGGUAACUUUUUUCUUUGGGAUGAAAUUGGCAAUAGAUUCUAG